UGCUUUGGGGUCUCAUCUCAUGUGAGCACGUUUGAGCAGAAAUCUUUCAUCAGAAUCAGAAAUGGGUCGUGGUAGGGAAAGACGGAUCGAACACUACAGUAGCGCACAAGAGAUAUUGCUGGUUGGUGAAGGAGACUUUUCAUUCUCCGCUUGUUUAGCUCGAGCAUUUGGCUCUGCUCGCAAAGUAGUAGCAACUUCUCUCGAAUCUCAAGGUUCUUUAAGGGCCAAACAUAGGAGCUGUUUGUCACACUUGAGUGACUUGAAGAGGAGAGGGUGCUUGGUGUUGCAUGAUGUUGAUGUGUAUGAGAUGGACCUCCAUCCCGCUCUGCAAUGGAGGAAAUUUGAUGUCAUCAUCUUCAACUUUCCUCAUGCAGGCCAUUUCCCCUGGCUACGUGAAAGAAACCCUCAGCUCAUUCAAAUGCACAAGAACUUGUUGAAAGCGUUCUUUGAAAAUGCCCGUGGGAUGCUGAGGGAAGGCGGGGAAGUUCAUGUUGCAACCAGAGAUGACUACCCGUAUAACAGAUGGAAUGUGGAGGAACUUGCAGAGGAAGCAGGCCUGGUUUUGAUGGAGAAAGUGUGGUUCAAAAAAUCGGACUACCCGGGUUACCAGAACAAGAGAGGGGGUGACAUCAAGAGCAACAAAACGUUUCGUCUCAGAAAUUGUUUCACCUUCAAAUUUGCUCUGCAACAAUAUGAGUCUGACUAUACUUGUGAUGAAAUGUCUGUUUGCAGCGACGACUUUAUAUGAUUAUGUGAAGUGUUUGGUAGUAUAGCAUCCUUUUGAAGCAGAAGGUGGUGGUGAUGCAUUAGGCCUAUGGAGAACAUCAUCGAUCAGAUCUCUCUUUUGCUUGCUUUGAAUACUUUUGGUAGUUUUAAUACUUUUGGUUUUGUGCGUAUGGGUUUGUAAAAGAUUUGAUCGUAAGCAAUAUGAAGUAUGCAAGCUGUGGGCCUGUAAAAAUACACCUAUUUUGAUGUUA